UCAUAACAAUGCUUUGUGAUCAAUAGACAGCAGUUAAAAUUGGAUAAAAUUUAUUCAAAGAUUAUAUGGUAGAUGGUAACCUUGGUAUUAAUUCAUGUAUGUUUUUGCUUAAUUAUAUUAAGUACAAAAAAUGUUAGAAGAUUGCUAUGCUAAAUUAGAUUUGCCUAAACCUAUUUUAACUGAGGAUGAUCUACUUCAAUAUGCUUAGAUUUGGGAUUUGAAUUAAGAUAAUUCUAUCACAGAAGAUGAUGUUGAAAAUAAUGCCAAAAAAUUAUUAUCUCAAGAGUAAGAAGAUAGUUAAAAAGUAUCAGAACUACUUGGCUAUCCUCCUAUUUAAGUUUAAUAUCAAAGUUAUGUGGUUGAAAAUAUUGAAUUCAAAAUAGAAAGUGAAGUUAUAGUUUCAAAAGACAUUAGAUAAGAAACUGGAAAUUAUUCUUUAAAAGCAAUUCCAGAAACAAAUAUUGAAAAAUAAAAUUCAAAUAAACAAACCAUUUAGAGUAUUACGAACUCAAAUUUAUAACCUUUAAGUAAAUUAUCUAAUAAUUUUGUGUAUCCACUAGAAACAGAAAAAAACAAAUAUUCUUAAUAUAAUACAAGAACUUAAAAAAAACUUGAGUUAGCAGAGAGAAUUUUUAAUAAAUUUUAAAAAAAUGGUUUCAUAACAGAAAAUGAGGUAAAAAUCAUUUAUUAUUUAGGCUUAUUCAUUACUUAAAGAAACUUAUCAACAUUUGAAUAUGCCAUAUUAAAUAACUCAACAGGAUGCUUAGUCUUGGAUGUUUAUGGCUGAUAAAGAUAAAGAUGGAAGAGUUAAAUUAGAGGAUUUUCAUUAAGUACUCUUAGAUAGUUUGGUUUAAGCUGGAAUUAAUAUAAAUUGA